UAAAGAUAUACACCUCAACAUCAGGGCAGACUUUUGGAAAUCACAAGCACGUAAAUACUGUGACUCUUGCAAGUGUUGGAUUGCUGACAAUAAACCAAGUAUUGAUUUCCAUGAAGGUGGUAGGAAACACAAAGAAAAUGUUAGUAAAAGACUUAAGGAUCUUUAUAAAAAUAAUGCUAAACAAGCUAAGAUACGAAAACGUUUUGAAAAGGAUAUCGAAAAAAUGGAAAAGCUGGCUAUGGCUGCUUAUUUUGAAGACGUCCAAAGCAAUACACGAGACAUAACAGCUGAUCAAAUAACCCAAAAAAACUCAGGUCAAACUAAAAAGAAAAAUUACGACUCAGCUGAUAUUGAUCCUCUAGAUCCCUUUGCUCUACAUAAAUUAGCUGCUUACAAAGCCCGAAAAGAAAAAGAAGUUACGAGGCCAAAAAAUGAUAAAAAAAAAGAAAAAAAAAUUGAAAGUGUGGUCAAAACGAGUACACAAGUGACCAAAGUUUGGUAUGAAGCUCAACAAAAAGGACAACGUUACUUUCAAAACAUUGAAACGAACGAGUUAGUAUGGGAAUUACCUACAGAAGGAUAUGUAUCUUUAGAAGAGCAAACUGAACAAGCAAAAAAUCAAGCUAUUCAAGAACAGUUUUUUAAAGAAAUUGAUAAGGAAAAGUUUAAGUUAAAACCAAGUAGCAUCGAAGAACAAAGAGCUAAUGAGGCCCGAGAACAACUGAAGAAAGUGAGAAAACAAUAUCUUGAAAGAACAAAAAAAGAAACCGUCAGCAAUAGUCGGACUGAAGAAUUAAUCAGAAAGGAAUUUGUGUACAGACGAGAUUAUAGUAUUCCUGAAAAACAACAUCCAUAUGGAUCUUGGGAAGUUGUCAAUAAUGUGUAA